AUGGACGAAGAUCGAACGCGCUGCGAGGUGUCAAGGAAGCCGCACGGGCAGUCCGGGGCAUCACACGGCCGUGCAGGUGAGCAAGAUGGCCGUGUGACUUUUGCCAAGGCCACGCACGGGCAACCCAUGAAGUUCACACAGCCGUGCAAAGUGCAAUUGUGGCCGUGUGAUAUUUGCCGAGGCCAAACACGGGCAGACUGGAUUUCUCACACGGCCGUGCAACCCAGGCCGUGUGAGAAGGCUGAAGUUCGAACUUAA